GUGUGGGAACAGUCCACCUGUCCGCUGAUGAUAUUAAGAGACGAGAAAAACUGCUGCCCAACCCACUUGUGGUCCCCGAACAGUCCGGACAGACAGGCGAGAUGAGAGGCCUCUGGUUGCUGCUGGUGUUUGUGGCUGCGGCCAAAGCUGAGAAGGUUUUCAUUGGAGAUCAGGUCAUCAGGGUCAAUGUGCAGUCUGAGGAAGAGAUCCAACUCCUGCGGGCUCUGGAGACCCAAGAGGAGUGGGAGCUGGAUUUCUGGCUCCACCCGGUCUCCACUGAGCUCCCCAUCGACAUCCGAGUGCCCCGUUCCAGUUUGAGUUCAGUGAAGGAGUACCUCGAUUCCCACAACAUCCCCUUCAGCAUCAUGAUUGACAACCUUCAGGAGGUUCUUGAUCAGGAGAAAGCUGAGAUGGAGGAGAACCAGAUGAAGGAGCGCAGCAGCAGGAGCUUCAACUUUGGAGCCUAUCAUCCCCUGGAGACAAUCUACAGAUGGAUGGACACCCUGGUGGCUCAGUACCCUAACCUGGUCACCAAGCAGGAAAUUGGGAAAUCCUACGAGAACAGGCCCAUGUAUGUGCUCAAGUUCAGCACUGGCGGCAACAAGCGUCCUGCUAUCUGGAUCGACACAGGAAUCCACUCCAGGGAAUGGGUGUCUCAGGCUACCGGAGUAUGGACGGCCAACAAGAUUGCUAGUGAUUACGGUAAAGACACCUCCCUGACCUCCCUUCUGAACACCAUGGACAUUUACAUGCUGAUCCUGGCCAACCCUGACGGCUACGUUUACACCCACACCAAUAACCGUAUGUGGCGUAAGACUCGCUCCAGGAUCUCAGGCUCUUCUUGCCGUGGAGUCGAUCCCAACAGGAACUGGGAUGCUGGCUUUGGCGGUCCAGGAGCCAGUAGGAAUCCCUGCUCUGAUUCUUACCACGGUCCCUCAGCUCACUCCGAGAUUGAGGUGAAGAACGUGGUGAACCUGAUCAAGAGCCACGGCAACUUCAAGUCCUUCAUCUCUGUCCAUGCCUACUCCCAGCUGCUCAUGUACCCCUACGGUUACUCCUGCAAAAAUGUGUUCCAUCAGGCUGAGCUGGACUCUGUUGGUAGAGCUGCUGUGCAGAAACUCACUUCUCUCUAUGGCACCAGGUACAAAGUUGGAAGCAUCUGCAACAUCAUCUAUCAAGCCAGUGGUGGCAGCAUUGACUGGUCCUACAAUCUGGGCAUCAAAUACUCUUUUGCCUUUGAGCUGAGGGACACCGGUCGCUACGGUUUCGUCCUACCAGCCGAUCAGAUCAUCCCCACUGCCUCGGAGACCUGGCUGGCCCUGAAACACAUCAUGGAGUACGUCCGUGACCAUCCUUAUUGAUGGCUACAACCACAGCUUGGAGGAUAAUUAUGAUAUCUGACUUUAAUAUCGACCAAUAAAGUCAAAAAUAUUCUCUUUUA